AUGUCUCGCCGAACUCCUGCGACACAUCCCCCUCCCCCCAAGGACCCCAGUACCCCGUCUCGUCGUCGAGCAGUCCCUCGUCCUAGAACUCCUGCAGAUCCUCCUACCCCUGCACGUUCUUCUCGCAGAGCCGCCAGCAAAACUCCACUCCCAAGCAAGUCUUCUUCCCCUCUACCUGCUUUUUCCGAUCGUAUCGCAAAAGCCGCAGAAGAGUGGAAAACUUCCUUCCAGGCCUCGGACCCGGUUUUCUCUUCUAAAGAAACUACCAGGCAAGUUGAGGAAAAGAUUAGUUCAGGUAUCCAACCCUGGGAUCAUUGUCCUUCUGCAUUCUUCCCCACAGUGGCGGCCAGGUUUGGACUGAGUCGUUGGAUACCUGAUCCAAUUCCAGAUAAAGGUAGUCGUGGGCCCGCCUGUAUCGUGGAAGGAGAAAGUGGUUUCAUGUGUCAUACGGGGUCUUUGCCAGCCUUUCUUUACACUUAUCAAAAUCACGCCUGUCCAAACGCCCAGCGUCGAAAAUUCCCCACCCUCAUCUUCAGAUACAAAUUCGAUAAAACUGGCUCCCUAAUCCCUUUUGCCUGUUGGGCAUGUCACACCAAUGUGGACAGCUUUUGCUCUGUUGGAUCUCUGCGGUUGCAAGAGCUCAACUCGCCGUCACAAGUUGCUGGACCGAUAGAUCACGAUCACACAAACAUCAAAGAUUCCGUUGCCGUCAGCAAACGUAAAGCCGACACUGCCCAAUUGGAACUCCCGAUCGGUAAACGGACACAUCUAUCUCAGGAGCCUUCCGAAGCACCUUCAAAAACUAUCGAGGGAGACGCUCUCAUCUUCUCUGAUCGCCAACUACCUCCGCCAUUGCCAAACAGCGAGGAACCCCAUCAAACUUCAGAUCCUGUGGAUCAGCUUCAACCACUUCAUCCUCCACCACUUGUCACUGUCUCCCAGCCGCACGAACCAUCUCUAGCAAGUCCGGUUUCUGUUGUUGAAUCCGACGCCUCACUUCAUCCCAAGAAGCAUGAACAGCCCUCUCAGCCUCUUCGAACUCGGUCAAAGUGGCGUGAAUAUCAUGGUGAACGUCAGUCAAGAUCAUCCAGCCAGAUACCUGAAUCCCUGGCUCCACCUCCCUCAUCGUCAUCUAUUGUGACUGUCAAUGUGCCUCCGCAGAUGCCUCCUCUUACCAUACCGGCUCCCGUGGCCUUGCCGACUCCUCAGUUAGAGCAUCAUGUGGAAUCUAUCAUACCGUCUUCUCUCCCUCCUUUCCCAGCCAACAACGAAUCUCUCACUCCUGCCAAAGACCGAUCCACUCUGUUACCCAAAUUUGACUCCUUCACACCAUCCCAUGAACUAUUUAAAUUGCGUGCAACGCUAGAAAGUCAUUUGUCUGCUCCUGUGGAUCAUGCGACCCAGCAUCUCAUCUCUCUCAAACAAACGCGUCAACAGACGACCGCUAUCCUAGAUGAGCUUUUCACCAAGUGUCGACAAGCGUGGUCAAACGCUGAAAGAGAUCGCGCUGCAAUAGCAGACGUACGAAAUGAAAGAGACAAGCAUGCUUCACAUCUACGUACACUAGACGCUCGUCUCAUCAAUUCUUCCCAGAAGCUGCAGGCGAAGGAGAAAGAGUUGGAAGAGGUCAAGAAGCAAGUGCAAUUUCUGGAAAAGCACGCGCAGACAGCUCAGGAAGAAGCUAUAGCUCUGGAUGAGAGGAUGGCGCAGGCGCUUGCCGAGAGGGAUAAGGCAUUGGAGGAGAAGGAAGCAGCGGUUCGUGCAAACUCUGAGUCAAAGGUCGAAUGUCAAGCUUGGCAGAAGCAGUGCGAAGAGGCAAAGAUAGAACGAGCCAGGGCGGAUGAGGCACUGGAUGAUGCGGCCUUGGAGGUGACAGAGCUGCAAGACCAGGUCCAGUCUUUGCAGGGUACCAUUCACGAGCUUCUGUCAAAAGUACACACGUUGGAAGAACAUUUUCAUACCCACGUUGAUAUUUCACCCUUGACUGCCAACCUUUCACAAUCGGGACCUCUGUACACCAACCCUGCUUCCUUGACCCUCGAUCGUUCUUCCCAAUCUUCUUCACAUGAGACUCAAACAGCCGAAGUAUCAAACCCAGCAGGCGAAGUUAUGACCUCUCUCUCAGCAGGGGAUCCUCAACCUCCCCAGUUUCUCCAAAAUGUCCCCGAGCUCUCUUCAGAUGUAAGCGAUCCACUGUCAUCAGUCAACCACAAUGCUUCUCUGCGCCUCAGUCCCGGACACGUGCAAAAUCCUUUGGAAAAUGAGGGAAACGCUUCCUUGGCUCAUACGACACCUCAAUCAGAUAUUCAUCGGCUUGCCAAUCCACACGAAAUUCAGCCACCGACCGAUGAACAUGCGGCCAAUGCGGCUGAACAUACAGCGGUCCCACCACCUCAGAUCAUUCCUGGAUCCUUCUAA